AUGAGUGACGUGGAGAAUAUGGAUGUAACACCUGAAGGUUCAGAACCUACUGCUGUUGAAAACACACAAAAACCAAAGCACAAGAAGUUUGAAAUCAAAAAAUGGACAGCCGUUGCAUUUUGGUCCUGGGAUAUUGCAGUGGAUAACUGUGCCAUUUGUAGGAAUCACAUUAUGGAACCAUGUAUUGAGUGUCAACCUAUGGCCAUGACCGAUACCGAUAACGAAUGUGUUGCCGCAUGGGGGGUUUGUAACCAUGCAUUCCAUCUACACUGUAUCAAUAAAUGGAUCAAGACAAGAGAUGCAUGUCCACUAGAUAAUCAACCAUGGCAGCUAGCACGUUGUGGUAGGUGA